CUCGCGCCCGUCCUUUCAAGCUUGGGCCCGGCAGAAUGGCUCCCGCAAAGAAGGGUGGCGAGAAGAAGAAGGGACGUUCUGCCAUCAACGAGGUGAUGACCAGAGAAUACACCAUCAACAUUCACAAGCGCAUCCAUGGCGUGGGCUUCAAGAAGCGUGCUCCUAGGGCACUCAAAGAAAUCCGGAAAUUUGCCAUGAAGGAGAUGGGGACUCCAGAUGUGCGGAUUGAUACCAGGCUCAAUAAAGCCGUCUGGGCCAAAGGAAUAAGGAAUGUUCCGUAUCGUAUCCGGGUACGUUUGUCCAGAAAACGUAAUGAGGAUGAGGACUCACCAAACAAACUCUACACAUUGGUAACUUACGUGCCUGUUACCACAUUCAAAAAUCUACAGACAGUCAAUGGGGAUGAGAACUAA